AUGAAGCAACUAUUUCAGAACUACCGCGACGAUGAGCGGAGGAUUGUCGAGAAUUACAGUCUUCAGGACUUCAACUGCAACAGCAAGCCAUUGAUUUAUAUGCUCACGAUGCUUGGCGAGGAGAACAUUAACUACGCCCACAUCAUUGUUAUCUACUUAUCAGCUUAG